AAAUUAAUAAUAGUAGUAAAUGGAUCCACAAACGUUAGAAGAUCAAUCUUUUCUAAUUGUUUUUGCCGGGGAGUCUCUGCAAAUUCUGAGGUUCUUGCAACCAAAGAUCACGUUUUUAUCCCAACCCAGAUAAGUUUUUCUUAAUUUCGCAGCAGUUUUUUCGAAUUUCCCACUAUUUGUUCAAGAAUUUUGAUUCACAAGAGAGAAUUUUGCUUCUACUUGCUUAAAAGAUCAGCAUCUCUCUUUUUCUGAAUCGGGAUUCGUUUGUGUUCAUCCCCAAUUCACUCCAUCAAAUCCUGAUUCAGAGAGACAAGCAAAACUUGGGUCUUUAGUUUCAGUUUCUGUGUUUGUUGCUUUGAUUCCAUUGCCAUUCUUGGUUUUGAGCUAUGAGAUUCGUAACUUACACAUACUGAAGGUGUCCUGGGUGAAAUUCGUUUGUGGGUUCGAUGAGAUAUAAUCUAAGAAAGCUAAUUGAUUGAUCUUAGUUAGGACUUGAGGUCUGUGAAUUCUCAUAUUAGUUACCUCUAAUUUCAAGAACUCGGUUCGUAGUUCUUGAAAUUUGAUCUUUAGGGUUAGACUUGUUAUUUUUGAUCCAAUUCGAAAAUUUCAAUGUUUUAAGUCUCGAAAUCAUUUUUCCAAAAGAGAUUCAAAUAGAAGAAAUUCAAUUUCUUUGUUCGACAAUGGGAAAAUCAAGAAAAAACAAGAAAGUAGGAUCAAACAAUGUUAAUCCGGAUCAAAGCAAACUGGACGAUGGUAAUACCACAAAGAUCUACGAUAAAGACACUACCAUUUUCAUUUCAAUGGCACAAGAACUUAAAGAUGAAGGAAACAAAUCGUUUCAAAAUAAAGAUUAUGAAGGAGCGAUAUUAAAGUACCAAAAAGCCCUCAAAUUACUUCCGGGAAACCAUUUAGAUGUUUCUUAUCUUCAUAGUAACAUUGCCGCAUGCUAUAUGCAAAUGGGUAUCGCUGAUUUUCCUAGAGCCAUUCAUGAAUGCAAUUUGGCACUUGAAGUCACACCAAAAUACACUAAAGCACUCUUGAAACGUGCUAGAUGUUACGAGGCUUUAAAUCGACUCGAUUUGGCUUUAAGAGAUGUUAAUAUGGUGUUAGAUUUAGAGCCCAAUAAUCUCAUGGCAAUGGAGAUCAUAGAUAGGGUAAAAUCCCGUAUGGAAGAUAAGUCGAAUCUUGAAAAAAAAGAUCACAAAAGUGAACUAGACAUCGAUUCUAUUCGAAUCUUGGAGCCAUUGAAGGAAAAGGUACAUAAAAAGAAAAAGAAAAGCACAAAACUUGAUCGGAUUGAUGAAAAGAAAGAUGAGUUAAAAGAUUUUGAAAGGGAUGAUAAAAAGAUGGAAGACAAGAUAGUUGUGGAGGAGAAGAUAAACACAAGUAGCAAAGAAGAACCGAAAAGGGUUGUGAAAUUAGUCUAUGGGGAAGAUAUUAGGUGGGCGAAAAUUCCAUUUAAUUGUGAUAUUAUAAAACUAAGAGAGAUUGUAGAUGAAAGGUUUCCUAUUUCAAAGGCAGUUCUUAUGAAAUACAAAGAUGAAGAAGGUGAUAUGGUGACAAUUACCACAAACGAAGAACUCCGGUGGGCAGAAUCGUCAAAUUCAGAUCAAAGGAAUGCAAUUAGACUCUACAUAUUUGAAGUCAACCCUGGUCAAGAUCCAUUCUUUGACCAUGUCAGAAGAUUAGAACAAAAACAAAAGCUUUUAAAUUCAUCUGCUUGUAUCGAUGAUUGGAUUCUUGAAUUUGCUCAUCUUUUCAAGAAUUACACCGGGUUCAACACGGAUUCAUAUUUGGAUCUUCAUGAGCUUGGAAUCAAGCUGUACUCAGAAGCUAUGGAGGACACUGUCACAAGUGAAAAAGCUCAAGAAUAUUUUCAAAUGGCAGCUGAUAAGUUUCAAGAAAUGGUAGCUUUGGCUUUUUUUAAUUGGGGAAAUGUUCACAUGUCAAGAGCACGAAAAAGAGUAUACUUUAAGGAAGAUGAUGAUUCACUUUCAGAAAUCAAAGAUUCGUACGAUUGGGCACAAAUGGAGUACUUGAAAGCUGGUGAGAGAUACAAAGAAGCUAUCAAAAUUAAACCUGAUUUCUACGAGGGAUUUCUUGCUUUAAGUCAACAACAAUUUGAACUUGCAAAACUUUCAUGGUGUUAUGUUGUUGGCAAGAAUGUGAAUCUUGAAUCAUGGGAUUCAACAGAAACGAUGAAUCUUUAUAACGAGGCUGAAGAGAAUAUGGAAAAGGGUAUGAAAAUAUGGGAGGAAAUGGAAAGGGAGCGUGUUAAUGGAGGUUUGAGGCCAAAGUUAGAGUUUCAGAAAACCGAUUUGGGGAAAUUUGUUGAAGAUGUUAAAGAAGAUGAAGUGGCUGAAAGGGCUGCAAAUAUGAGGUCACAGAUGAACAUAUUAUGGGGGAGGAUGCUUUAUGAAAGAUCAAUUAUGGAAUAUAAGAUUGGGAAUCCUGUUUGGCAUGAAUCUUUGGAGAUGGGUGUUGAGAAAUUUGAAGUAGCAGGAGCUUCACGUAAUGAUAUUGGUGUCAUGAUAAAGAAUCAUUGUUCUAAUGUUACCACACCAGAAGGUGUGGGAUUUGAUAUUGAUGAGAUUGUGGAGGCAUGGAAUGAUAUGUAUGAAGCGAAAAUGUGGCAAACGGGUGUUGCUUCUUUCAGAUUAGAGCCAUUGCUUAGAAGAAGAGUUUCUAAGAUUUUUCAUGCCUUGGAACAUGCUUGAAAUAUAUGGUUUUAUAUAAUGCUUUUAUAACCUUACACACAUUUUUUUUCCUCUUAUACUGCUUUUAUAAGCUUACACACAUUUUUUUUCUCCCUUUUUUGAGUGUAACAAAGUGUGGCUUCUUGUUUAUCUUCAUAUGGAGUCUUGUAUUUUUUUUGGGUUGUGAUAGAUUCAUUUGGACAUAAA